UUAUUCGUAGAGAGCACUAGCAUUAAACGUGUCGCGAUUUCCGAGGCACGAAUCUCUCUCUCUGCUCAGCUCUUUUCGGGUGUCAGGCGAGAUACGUCGCAACAGGUCCACCCAACUAAACUACUCCCUUUGACUGCUGUAUCUAUCUAUCUCUAUCUUACUCUAUAUUCGUAUAGUAACUUUUAAUUCUGCUGUGUAUUAGUACAACCCCCGUCUCUCUCCCUCCCAUUCUCUCUCUCUCGCACUGAUCUGUUGAUUGAGGGAUCGUUCAAAAAUGUACAGGCAAUCUUCAAGUAGAAACCAGAGGAAUAAAGGCUUCAAGGUGAAGCAUGCACUGCAAAUCUUUUUGUUGUUUGCUGUUUGCUUUUGGUUGAUUUACCAGGUCAGGCACUCGUAUGACAAGAAGGUUUUUGAUGACAACGAUGCAAGGAACUCGCAACAUCUACAGACAGAUGAUGAAAUCUUGAAACUAGGAAGAAAAGAUCCACAUCCUCAAGUGAAGGAACCAAGUAAGAAGAAUGAGAAGCUUGAUGAAGAAGCAGACGAAGAUAUAGAAGUAGACAUCAUGGCAAAAGAGAAAGAGGAUAAAGUUAAAGGAGGAGAUGGCGAAUUAGAUGAGCACGAUCAACAAAAAUCUGAUGCUGAGCUUGAUCGUGAUAAGGUUAUAAUUGAUGAAGAGAAGGAGCUAGAAAGGGUAAAUGAAAAGAAAAAUGGAAAAGUAGAUACAGACAGAAUCAGUAAAGUUGAAGCUGAGGGUUCUGAAGAUAACCUUGAUCAUGAUCGAGAUACUAAGAAUACUCACAAAGCACGUGAAGAACAAUACAAGGCUGAUGAUGCUUCCAGUGCUGUGACAAAUGAAGGCCAAACCUCCAGUUCUGAAAUUGAAUCUGGUUUCACACAAAACCAGACGAGUACUCUUGGAAACGAAAUUAAAGGCAUUAUUGGUCAAAACUUUACUAAUUCAAAGGUGCGCGACGAUGAAACUUCUGGAAAUAGGACUUCAUCAAUGGUCAAUUCAGAGAAGGGUUCUGAAGUUUUAAACUCCACAUCUAAGGGAAGCAAUUUUGAGGUAACAGCGGAGUCCACUGAUAAAUUAAAAUUAAGCAAUGAUACUACAGAGGUUGGUAUAGAAUUGCGUGAUUUGCCUAAUGGAACAGAGAUCAGCACAAUAGAUUCAAGUCAUGCUCGGAAUGACACUGAUAAUGUUAAGGGUUCUGCUGCUGGCUCCAACAUCCAAACUGUCUCGGAAGAACAUGCCAACAAUUCUAGCAUAGCUAUGGUUAACAGUCGAUUGGAUUCCAACACAACUGAGGAUUCCAACACAACUGAUACUAUUUUGACCGGAUAUGUUGAAUCUAAUCUAGGCACAUUCUCAGAUAUCUCCAACGAUCAAAUUGCAUUAGAGCAUACAGCGCCAUCCAAUGCAUCUGCUGACACAAAAGAUGCAUCUGAGAUUAUCAUAAUAGAGAAAAACAGAGGUGCACAUCUGACUGAAACGUUAGGAUUGAGUGCUGAGGCCGAUGGUAACACUGAAGGGUCAGAGUCCUCGAACACUGAGAAUGCGGGUAUAAUCAAAAAUGGAACGGUCGAUUCUGUUGUCACGGAGGACACGCUGCCUCAACUAGAUUCUGUGACAUCACCAGAUCUUAGAACGGAGGCAAGCAACAGUGAGGUGGCUGCAGAUGAAUGAUAGACCUCGUCGUCAUGUCUUUUUAGGUGCUUUAAAGAUGUGUAAGAUGUAGUUUUUCUAUUAGCUUUACUGCACAAAAUGGGAUUUUAAAGUUACCACAUAAAUUGUCUUUGUGUAUUGAUGACUACUGUUCUAACAAUAGGUUACGUUCAUAUAAAAUAUAAUGAACUAUCUUAAAUUAUAGAUGUUCCUCUAUUCUGUUUCUGGUGCAAAUGUCCAAUGGGGAGACGGUGGAAGCGAGUAAACUCUGUAUGGGCUUCCAUUACACUCCUUGUGAGUUGUGACAGCUUUCAGUCAGAAAUAGAACAUUAAUUUGCAUCCACUUGGUGAUAAGAACUGAAGUUUGAAGUUUGCAUUUGUGGACACUUAAAUAGCCUUUUGAUCAUCUUCUGCAAUCAUGUACUCCCUCCGUCCCUUUUUAUCUGUCCAUUUUAGAGAAAAAAACACAUACCAAGGAAUAAUUGAUUGUAUGAACUUUUUCAUUAAAUACCUGUAAUUAAUAUCUUGAAAAUGGUGGAAUACCCCUACUUUAUGUCUUGAAAA